UUUAAACAAUAAUAGUAUUUACUUGUGAUUAUGAAUUAUAAUACUUCAGGAACUUCUGGACAGCCAGUAAAAUUGUUGGCAAAUUAUUUUCCAAUCACCUCAUAUACAAAUUGGUGUUUAUAUCAAUAUCGAACUGACUUAAGUCCUGAAGAGGAUAGAAUUGCUACUAAAAGAGAAUUAUUAGGUCAGCAUCAAAAACAUUUAGGAGGAUAUUUGUUUGACGGAACAAUGUUAUUUUCUGGCACCCGAUUUGAUACACCUACUUUUGAACUUAUAUCUACACGCUGCUCGGAUGAUAAAAUUGUAACAAUUACAGUGAAAUUUACAAAUAUAACAGAAACCGGCGAUUAUGCAAACAUUCAAGUUUUUAACUUACUUUUGCGUAAAUGUCUUCGACAUCUUAAACUAAAAAUGAUUGGAAGACACUUUUAUGAUCCAGACGCCAAAAUUGAUAUGAUUCAACAUAAGCUUCAACUCUGGCCAGGUUAUGAAACAACUAUUGGCCGGUAUGAAGAUAACAUUUUACUGUGUGCAGAAAUUUCAACAAAAGUCAUGCGUCAAGAGACAGUAUUGGACUUUUUAAAUCAGUGCGCCGCUAAUAGAAAUAGAAACAAGGAUUGGAUGAUUGAUGUCAUUGGUACCACAGUUAUAACAAAAUACAAUAAUGAAACUUACAAAAUUGACGACAUUGAUGAAAAUUCUGACCCUAAUUCUGAAUUUAGUAAAAAAGAUGGGUCUAAAAUGACUUACAUACAAUAUAAAUGGAACAUUACAAUUCGCGGUGGCAGACAACCAAUGUUGAUUUCGAAAAAUAAAAAAUCUGUAAGACGAUUUGGAGCUGAAGAUACGUUGGUGUACCUUGUUCCAGAAUUAUGCAUCAUGACUGGUUUAACUGAUGCCAUGAGAAAUAAUUUCACACUUAUGAAAGAUAUGGCCAUACAUACUCGUGUAAAUCCCAAAGAACGCGUAGAAAGAUUAACAAACUUUGCAAAUAGAUUUCUUUCUACACCAGAUAUAAUUAAUUAUUUAUAUAGCUAUUGGAAUUUGACAUUAAGUAACAAGUUGGUUGAACUCACUGGUCGUAUAUUACAACCAGAGCCAAUUCAAAGUCGUUCUAAAGGCAAUAAUGGCGGUGAAGAAGCUGAUUGGACAAAGCAUUUACGCUCUUUACCAAUGUUUACCUCUGCCACUGUAAAAAAUUGGUACAUUCUAGCUCCUAGAGACUCUUGCCUAUCAAAUACAUUUUUGAACGAUCUGGAAAAAGUAAUUAAUGAAUCGAAUCCGUCAUUGAUUUUAUGUGUUAUUCCGUCAGUACGUGGUGAUAUGUAUAGUAUGAUUAAAAGAAAACUAUGUAUUGAUAGAGCAGUACCGUCCCAAGUAGUACUGUUAAAAAAUGUCCAAAAGAACAAUAUGUCUCUUUGUACAAAAAUUGCUAUACAAAUAAAUUGUAAACUUGGAGGUGCCCCUUGGCUAGUUACCAUUCCUAAAAAAGGGAUGAUGAUAGUUGGUUUUGAUGUGUGUCAUGACAGCCAGCGGAAAAACCUUUCAUUUGGGGCUUUAGUAUCAACGAUGAAUGAUGCUCAUACAAGUUACUUCAGCUGUGUGGAACCACACGAAAGUGGAGAGGAACUCUCUGUUCAUUUUGCUACAGGCAUAAGCAGUAUGUACGAUUUCUUUUUGGUAUCACAACAUGUAAGACAGGGUACUGUAACUCCUACACAUUAUCAAGUCAUUGAAGAUACACUUGGACUUCCUCCGAAUAUUAUGCAAAGACUUACAUUCAAGUUGACCCAUAUGUACUACAAUUGGUCGGGUACAGUUCGAGUUCCUGCUCCAUGUCAGUUGGUUCACAAAUUGGCAUUCCUCACUGGACAGAAUCUCAGACGUUCGCCCAACAUUGGAUUGGAUUGGAUGAGUUGUUAUACUUCCUUUAAUAUAGCUUUUAUUUUUUUUAUUUUUUUUUAAGUUUGAUUGAUUUUUUUUUCAAUACAAUUUCUACUUGGCCUUAUAACUUUUACUGUUUUUAAGUUAUUUCAUAUAAAUUAAUUUAUUACCAA